CAUCGCGAACGGACGGCUCUCGCGCGCCUGGUGUGCCGUGUAGUGUGUACGGUGUAUACGGUGCAAGUACGGUACGAAGCGGGACGAGCGAAAUCGGACGUGAGACGUAGGUGGAGGAAUCCUCGCGCACGGUCCCCGCGAUCGUCCGUGGACCCGAGGUACGGUGGGCUCGUCGUCGCUCGCUGUCUCGCGCCCCGUUCACUCUCGCGAGAGUGUUCGCGCGCGCGCACGCGAGAGAAGAGAGAGAGAGAGAGAGUGUGUGUGUGUGUGUACGUGUGUGUAGGUGCGUGCGUGACGUGCGUACACGGCGACGACGACGACGACGGCACGACCCGCACGACGACGACGAGGCGUGUAUUGUUCCGGGGCGCGGUGCGCGAGUCUCGCGAAUCAGCGGCGGGCUCGCCCGAGGAUCGCAGGCGCUUAAUUAUGCCCGCGGGAUCGGCGGCCAGGUUCAGGAAAAAGAGCUGCUGCUGCUGCUUCUCCUCCUCCGCCUCUUCCUCCGCCUGAAGAGAAGUGCACACGGAGCCUGCGAGGCGCAUGCUUCCCCGCCCGCUCCCUCGCCAUUUUGGAGAUAGAAUGUUAAAUUUGGGAAUGGACUGACAGAGGAUUCAUUAAAAACAGACGGUUCGGGCAAGGAAUCUAAAGAUAACGGGGCAAGGUGUCUGGACUAGGCCUCGGGCAUCUUAAUUAUCAACAACUCGACUAUGCCAGCUGUUGCAAGGCCUGGUAGUUUAAAGGACCCAGAGAUUGCCGAAUUAUUUGAGAAAAAUGAUCCGGAGAAAAUAUUUGAGGAUCUGCGCGAGAUCGGGCAUGGUAGUUUCGGGGCUGUUUACUAUGCACGAUGCCUGGUUACCAAAGAAAUUGUUGCCAUCAAGAAGAUGUCUUACCUGGGGAAGCAAACGGUGGAAAAGUGGCAAGACAUUUUAAAGGAAAUUCGAUUUCUUAGGCAACUUAAUCAUCCUAACACUAUAGAGUAUAAGGGUUGCUAUCUCAGGGACCACACUGCCUGGUUGGUGAUGGAAUAUUGUCUUGGCUCCGCAUCAGAUAUUAUCGAGGUACACAAAAGACCACUGAAGGAAGAAGAAAUAGCUGCAAUAUGCGAAGGUGUAUUACGAGGCUUACACUAUCUCCACUCCCUCGGGAGAAUCCACCGCGAUGUGAAAGCUGGAAAUAUUCUACUUACUGAGAAUGGUACAGUGAAAUUAGCUGAUUUCGGGUCCGCGAGUAUAAAAUGUCCAGCCAAUAGCUUCGUAGGGACUCCAUACUGGAUGGCGCCAGAAGUUAUAUUGGCCAUGGACGAGGGGCAAUAUGAUGGCAAGGUUGACGUAUGGUCACUAGGAAUAACUUGCAUCGAAUUAGCGGAAAGAAAACCACCUUAUUUUAAUAUGAACGCAAUGAGCGCCUUGUAUCAUAUUGCACAGAACGACACUCCAACGUUAAAUUCGCCAGAUUGGACUGAUGUUUUUCGACACUUUGUUGAGGUGUGUCUCACAAAAAGUCCAAUUGAAAGACCAACAUCCGGGAAGCUGUUAUCACAUCAAUUUGUCACCAGACCACGUUCUCCUCAAGUUUUGAUAGAUUUGAUACAGAGAACGAAAGCCGCUGUCCGGGAAUUAGAUAAUUUGAAUUAUCGUAAGAUGAAGAAAAUCUUGAUGAUCGACGCAUGCGAGACAGAGAGCACAGUUGGUGACGCUGACGAUACUCCUGAUGAACAAACAGGUGGUGAUAGUAGCAAAAGCAAUUCAAUUACCUCAGAACACUCGAUUCACUCGAUGGGCGUCUCAGCAAGCUCUCAAAGUUCCUCCACCAAUAGCCUGCCGCUGCCGAAUGCUGAUGGUAAUGACUACUCAUCGGGAUCUGUCAGAAAUCGGCAUAAGGUCUCAGCAGGUGGUGUCACUGCCAAUCUUCUUGAACACGGUGCCAAUAAUUUUGCAACAAUUAGGACAACUUCAAUUGUUACGAAACAACAGAAAGAACAUAUGCAAGAAGAGAUGCAUGAACAAAUGAGUGGAUACAAACGAAUGAGGAGAGAACACCAAGGUGCUUUGGUAAAAUUAGAAGAACGCUGCAAGAUGGAAAUGGAGUCACAUAAACAACUGUUGGAUAAGGAGUAUGAAACUCUGCUGCAACAGUUUAGUAAGGAUCUCGAGAAAUUGCAGCUCAGACAUCUACAAGAGCUGGAACGCAAGUUAAAACAAAAUCAAAAUGCCGAAAAGAAACUUAAUAAAGAGAUAACAAGUAGACAGGAAGCUGAUCGUAAAGCUUUGGAAGCUCAACAGAAAAGAGAGUACAAAGCCUAUAAAGAAAGAUGGAAAAAGGAACUCUCUCAGGACGAGGUAACUCCAAAGAGGCAACGAGAUGCUACACUUCAAAGUCAGAAAGACAAUUUGAGACAGAUGGAAGCGCAAGAGGAACAACGGCUUGCGAGGGGACAACGAGAAUAUUUGGAUCUGGAAAUUCGAAAAUUCCGUAGAAAAAAGUUACUCAUCUUCCACAGUUUGGAGCAGGAGCUUCUUCGAGAAGAAUUGAAUAAACGGCAACAGCAACUGGAGCAAGCACAUGCUAUGCUUCUGCGACAUCAUGAAAAGACGCAAGAAUUAGAAUAUAGACAACAAAGAGCAGUACACGCACUUCGUGAGGAUCAAGUACAUCGACAGCAUUCAACAGAGCUUUGUAAUCAACAGGAUUAUAUGCAAAGAGCUGAACGUGAUCUGCGUAAGAAGCAUGCGUUAGAACUUAAGCAACAACCGAAGAGUCUCAAGCAAAAGGAGAUGCAAAUCCGUAAACAGUUCAGAGAAACUUGUAAAAUACAGACACGACAAUAUAAAGCGUUAAAAGCUCAAAUCCUGCAAACAACUGCUAAGGAUGAGCAGAAGGCAGUAAUUAAGAAGUUGAAGGAAGAACAAAGACGCAAAUUGGCACUUUUAGGUGAUCAAUAUGAGCAGAGUAUCGCUGAAAUGCUCCAAAAGCAGAGUAUACGGCUGGACGAGUCACAAGAAGUAGAAUGCCAUAAUCUUAAGGAAAGAUUAAAUUAUGAAUUAGAAAUUUUAAUGGCAUACCAAUCAAAAAAUAAGAUGCAAGCCGAGGCGCAGAGGAAUAGGGAACGUCGUGAGUUGGAAGAUCGUGUAUCUGUUAGACGGGCUUUGCUUGAACAAAAAAUGGAAGCAGAAACUCAGGAAUUCCUUCGUGAACGAAGUGAACGUAUACGCCUGCUACAUGAAAGGCAAGAACGGGAACUGCAGCAAUUUGAUGAGGAAAGUGCAAGAAUAGGAUUCAGUGCUCUGGCGAUAGCGGAGGCAUCGAAAGAAUCUUAUCCGGACGAUGAAAGCCUUAGCGGCUCCAUGUUAAGUCUGGCUCACAGUAAUAGCUCCACGUCCUUCCCCCCUAAUAGUCUUUAAUUUUAAUCAUACUAAUAUACAUAUAUACAUAUAUGUAUAUAUAUAUAUGUAUCUAUGUAUGUAUAUGUACGUAUGUCUGCCUGUAGUAAGUACAUGACGAGUCUGCCGACGUAUAAUAAUUCAAUGACUUACAAAUAUAACAAGGGUUGGCUCGUUGCGUGCAUUGAGAAUCGAACCUGAAAGAUUUGUUAAGGUUGGGAAUGUGUAUUGGACUGAAAUUGUCAUAGGCGCGUAUUUUUUAAUCGUCCAGAUGUAUCGACAUAAUUUACCAGGAAAAGAAAGAGAAAGAGAGCUUCAUAUUGAAGAAGAAUUUAGAUGCUUUUUGCAACAUUGUAAUAUUUAUUAAUUGUAACCAAAUAUCCUGAGAUGCAUAUAGAGAUAAAGGAAAAAAGAAAAACAUGUCUGUCAAACAUUAAUCUCAUUUAUAAUAUCCAUUAGAGAAUCUUAAAAUUCAUAGGCCAAUUCAGACGAAGAAUAGGGAAUGAAGAAUUUUAUACACACCUAUACCACAGAAAAAAAAAAAUUUAGAGACAUUUAUUUAUUAAUAUGCUAUGAAUAUAAUAAAAAUAACAGUACAAUAAUUAUAAUGCUCGAAUUAAUAUAUAUUUUAUUCUUUUUCUCCUAAGACUUUAGAUAAACCUGAGAUGUCUUUCUCAGUGUGGUGUUCUGAUUUUUAUGUUGCUUUCACGAUGAAAACUUUCAACUUUUUCUUCGUGAUAAUCGAGCAUCGCGUCAUUAGUAGAUUUUUUACGUAUUUCAAGAUUUUAAUUAUAUAUAUAUAUAUAUAAAUUUCAUUUAAAAUAAUAAUUUAAAGUAAUAAAAAGUUAUAGUGAAGAAUUUGUAAAGUAAUCAAUUUAAACAGAACUAUUUUUUGUUGUAAGUGUAAAUAUCAGUAAUCAAACAUGCAUUUCUCAAAAAGAGGUUUAGAUUCAGGAUACAACGAGUUAUCCUUUUAUUCCUUUAUACUUUUCAUCGUAUAAUAAUAUAACGAAUUUAAUAAAAUUAUUGUUGAGAAUUAGAAACAAUUGGUAUUUCACUUGUCAAUUCCUUUCAAGUUUCCUGCUGUAAGAUUCUUUAACGUUGUAUCUUGGAUGUGUCUUCUAUGUAUGUAAUUUACAUAAAAUCAAUAUGUAAAAAUUAUUUAUGUGAUACAUUAAUUUAUAUCUAUUAUGCAUUGUCUAAAAAAAGAAUUUAAGUAUUGAUUUCAUAAAGAAAGAUUCUUGAUAAUGAAGAUGUUACAUUUUUUUUAUUAAUCUAAAUAUUUUCUACGUCAUUACCAAGUAAACUUAUUUUCAAUUAUAAGGCUAGUUAUUUAAUAUCUCACAUGAUUUCCUUUUCACUUCCGUGUCUUCAUUCAUGCGGCAUUAAAACCAAUUAAAACCGGUGGAAUUUAAAGUAUUUAUAUGUUGAAUAUGAUAUUUAAUGAAGUGGAAUAAUCGCGCAGAUGUUAAUUACGACAUUUUAAAUAUAGGAAAUCGAUAUUGAUGCAUUAACUUAAUGCUCUACACUUUUAUACUGAUAAUUAUAGUAUUUUAUCUGAAUUUUUAUGUAAAUUCUCCAAAAAUAUUCACUUUUAUAAUGUUUUAAUUGUAUCGCUUAUUUGCGUUUUACGAGAACUUUUUGAAUAAACGUUAAACGAACGUUUGUUCCUCCACAUCUGCUUAUAAGAGUUUAAAGUAUACUUUUUGAUCAAUCGCUCCAUUGUAUUUAUAUUUGCAUCAUAUACUCUAUAACUGCAUUCAAAAUUUCAUCCAGUACACAUCCCAAUGUUGUACUUUUACGUCAAAAUAUAUACGUUUUGUUUUUUCCCCUACAUUUAUUACUUUCGUUACAUAUUUUUUAUUUUAUAUGUCACGAAACCAUUAUGCAUAUGAAAUCUGUAUCCAAAUGAUUGAGACUGUUGUUCCUCCCGAUAAUGUUCCGUUAUACAGUAACUUAACACUUUCCUGUAAAAUCAACGAAAAAA